AACGGAUAAGGAUAAGCAUACGAAUACGGCUACGGAUCGGGACAAAAGAUUUAGGGUAGAAGAUAUCGGUGAUAUAGGCGCAGCCACGGAGGACGCACAACUACUGCUGGCAAAAUGGAUCCACAGCAGCAGUUCUGCCUCAAGUGGAACAGUUAUUCGUCGAAUUUGGCAAUAACAUUCUCCAAUCUGUUCAAAUCGGAUCUGCUGGCCGAUGUCACAUUAUCCUGCGAUGGCGCAGUAUUCAAAGCACACAAACUUAUAUUGGCGGCCUGCUCGAAGAAGUUCGCCGAUCUGUUCGAGAACACGCCCACAAAUGGCCAGUGCGUCAUCAUACUGGAGGCGACCACGCCGGACAACAUGGCCGCUCUCCUGGAGUUCAUGUACAAAGGCGAGGUCCACGUCUCCCAGGAGGCACUCAACAGUUUCCUCAAAUCCGCCGAAAGCUUACAGGUCAAAGGUCUGUCCACGGAGACGGGACGUCUGGCGGCGCAGCAGGCGCAACAGCACAUGGGCGACACCUCGCCCUUGGACUCGCCCACUGGCAGGCGGAGCAUACGGAACAGCCUGAGCGGCGGCGGAGGCGGCGGAGGGAGUAGUAUAGUGCCCGGAGGAGCAGGAAUUGGCCUGGGGACGGGAGUGAACUCCAUGCCCGGCGGCAUGGGCAUUGGCAACGGACUGAGCCUGGCCGGAAUGGCGGCUGCCGGAGGAAUGGCGGCGGCUGCCAGUGUGGCGGCCAGUGGAUUGAGUGCUCUGGCGGCCAGUGCGAAUGCCCUGGACCGUUGUGGCAGUGCCGGCGGUGGCAACAUCAUCGGUGGCACAGCGACUGGCAUCGGCGGUCCACAUGGUAACGGCAACGGAGGAGCGGGAUCCGUGGGCGGAUUGAGUGGCGGAGUUGGAGGCAAUGGCGUGGGCAGUGGCAAUGGCGGCGGCGUCGGCGGCAACAAUGGACCCAUCAGCCUGGGAAGCGGCGCUGGCGCUGCUCAUCACCUAGGCGGUUCCACCGGCAGCUUGAAACAGGAAUGCGACUCGCUGAUGCAUCCCGGCGGAAGCAGUUCCUCCUCCGGCAUGGGCUAUGUGCCGCCCAUCUACCGACCCAUCUCCUACGAGCCACUGCGCAAGCGACCCCUCCGCAGUCCGUAUCCCGAGCAGGAGCAGCGCGGCUCGGUCCUCAGGGAUGGCUCCAAGUCCUCCGAGUGCCCCAGCCCCAUCAACAAGCCGCCGUACCACCGCCCCUCCUCCAGCGCCUCCUCAACGGCGCCCACCGAGGCGGACACCAUGCACUCCGAACGCGCUUCACCGCAGUCCAGUCGCUACGAGAACCACAGUCCCAGUACCACGGCGGGCAAUGGAAAUGCCACUAGUGGCCUGGAUCGCAUAGUGAAAUCGGAGCGCAAUAAUGGCAGUGCCAACGAGGCUAACGACGACGACCGCGAGCUAAUGGAUGAGUCCACAGAUAAUGGAGCCGAGGAUCUGCGUGUGAAGCUGGAGAACUUGAAGUACUCGCCACCGCCGCCUCCGAACUCGAACACCUCGUCGACCACGCCCAAUGCCCUGCUGGAGAACUUGAAGGCGGAUGGCACGCUGUCCAGCAAUCUGGCUGCCUCGAUAGCGCCGGCGGAUAUGCUGAAUGUGUGGAAUGCCACCAAGAUGAACAACAAGAACAGUGUGAAUACGGCGGAUGGCAAGAAGCUGAAGUGUCUGUACUGCGAUCGUUUGUACGGCUAUGAGACGAACUUGAGGGCACACAUCAGGCAGCGACAUCAGGGCAUCCGAGUGCCAUGUCCCUUCUGCGAGAGGACCUUCACGAGGAACAACACUGUGCGAAGGCACAUUGCCAGGGAGCACAAACAGGAGAUUGGAUUGGCGGCGGGUGCAACUAUAGCGCCGGCUCAUGUGGCGGCAGCGGCGGCGGCAGCGGCGGCCGCCAAUCAUUCACCAUAGGAAGCGGCCGCAACAGCAGCGGCAUCAGUAGUCAUCAAUAACCACGCCCACAAGGAGGCGGCCAAGCAGCGCAAACGUAAAUCACUCAAAAUGGCAUUGGAGAAAUGCAUGCAGCGAAGGGAUGCAAUGGCCACGGCGGAUCAGGCCAUUGGAUCGGGAGAGGGAGAGGUAGAGGGAGAAGGGUCGGGGGCGGGAGAAGGGGCGGAAAUAGUAUCAGAUGGGGCAGAAAAGUCUAGAGCAGAGGUAUCAACAUCAAGGGAGCUGGUGGAGGGCGAAACCGAACCCAUGACCUACGAACAACAGCAGCAGCGAAUGCACCAGGAGCUGACCCUGCAGAUUAGGGCAGCCAUGGCCGCAGAGCAGGCUGCCGAGGCCAUGGAUUCCACGCUGAACACCACGGGUCAUACGAAUAACACCACCACCACCACCACGACAAAUACCACAACCAAUACGACCACCACCACCACCACCAGUGAUGGUUGCAGUGAGGCAGACAGUGAUCGUGCCAUGGAAGUGGACGAAGAGGAUCAGGAGCAGGCUCCAGAACCGCAACCGGGAUCCGAAUUGGUAGUGGUGGAGCCCAAGAUCGAAGUACUCUCGGAAUCGGAGGAUGAUGAUGAGGAGGAUCGAUUGCACAUGUCCGAAGCGGAAGCCAUCUAUGAUCAUAUGCCUCAGACGCCCACCAGCCCACCAAACACACACUUGAUACCACCGCCCAGUGACACGCCCCAUUUGACCUCCACGCCCAAGGUCAAUGCGGAGUAGGCUGAGCCUAAGAAGAAGAUGAAACAGAUGAAUGAGAAGAAGCCCCCAAAGAAGCUGCUUAGUUUAAGAAUAUGUAACGAUGAAGAAAAAACAUGAGUGAUUUACAAAACAAAAGGUUUACGCGCGCAAAAAAGAUGAUGAAUGACUACUAAUGCAACUGCUGUUGCCCUCGGAGAAAACAAAAAAAACGGAGUUCCCUCCACCAUUGAUUUAAAAACACAAAACUAAAACAAAGAUUUACUUAUAAUAAGGUUUAAACAAAAAACAAAGCAAAACACCACAGACCAGAGACAGACGAACACACUUAAACGAAAAGGCAGUAUUUUGAUGUCCAAAACUUUUUGCAGAAUUUUUAAUUGCUACAAAUUUGUGUUCAAAGCCACCAUCAACACCAAAACAAAUCAAUCACAAAGAAAUGUUAAAACAGAGUAAACAGAUUUAAACAAAAAACAAUAAGAAACAGAGAACAACAAAACAGUAACAUAGAACAUAGAAAUAAAUGCAAUCCGGCUGAAAAAUAGUUUUCAGGGUGCUAAUUAAAUCAAACAAAAACAAAAAACACGCAAUGAAAAACAAAUUAAAUAGUAAAAUGCAAAAA